GGUGCUGAACAUGGGGGCUUUAAGCAGGGCGCUGUCCAUGGUACCCACCAUCAUCCUAACGCUGGCUCUCUCCGCUUUCCCCGUCUGGGCGCAGAAUGACACGGAACCGAUCGUACUGGAAGGAAAAUGCUUGGUAGUUUGCGAUUCCAACCCAGCGACCGAUUCUAAGGGAUCCUCUUCUUCUCCUCUGGGGAUCUCUGUACGGGCUGCUAAUUCUAAGGUUGCUUUCUCGGCAGUCAGGAGUACCAACCAUGAACCUUCUGAGAUGAGCAACAAAACUAGGAUAAUCUAUUUUGAUCAGAUCCUAGUAAAUGUGGGCAAUUUCUUUACAUUGGAGUCUGUGUUUGUAGCACCGAGAAAAGGAAUAUACAGUUUUAAUUUUCAUGUAAUUAAGGUCUACCAGAGCCAAACAAUUCAGGUGAACUUGAUGCUAAAUGGGAAACCAGUCAUUUCAGCUUUUGCUGGGGACAAAGAUGUCACUCGUGAAGCUGCCACAAAUGGAGUUCUACUCUAUCUAGACAAGGAAGAUAAGGUUUACCUUAAACUGGAGAAAGGUAAUCUGGUUGGAGGAUGGCAGUAUUCCACAUUUUCUGGCUUUCUGGUCUUCCCCCUGUAAGAUCAAUCACCCUGUGACUUUCACCUAGGUGUGGAUCAAUCAUUGCUUCUGUUCUCUGAAGACCAUCUUCUCAUCCUUUGGAUUCAUUUUUUUUUCUUGGUUUCUCAUGGGUGAAAUCUGGAUUCUAUUGUAUGGCAUUUUGACCCUGUCUGAACUCAUCCUGAGAUUUCAACGAAUUUUGUGUGUUUAAAUACUGGGCGUUGGGAGUAAGACUUAAAAGCAGACAAUACAUAUCUAUGCUUGAUGUUACAGAAUAAAGCUUCCUGCAAGAUUCAUUCCAAGUUACUUUACUGGACAUAUUGGAUUUGUGGGAGAAGUCAAUUAUUAUAGUUGCCUCUUCCCUCCCAUCCCCCGAUUCCAUUUUUAAAUGACUGGCAACCAGGUCUAUAAUUUAAGAAUUUCUGAGUCAAAACUUCAAUCAAGAUUAAUACAUAGCUGCCAAAGAACUGUUCAUUAAUAUAUUAGUUAUAUCAUAUCUUUGUUCCCCUUGCACUAAAAAUUAACAUAAAUUCAUGCUGCUCAGUUGGAAAGGAAUGGUUACUGAUAAGCAAUUGACUUCAUUAAUUUUCAUGUGCUCUGCAUCUGGAAGAUUCACUUAGAUGUUUUCCUUCAAAUAGUUAAACUCAAAGAGGACUGCCCUGUGAAAAUCUGUGGGUUGGAUGUUCUUUGAAUGCUAAAGGAAUUUAUAUUCUGUAGAAAGGAUUUUCUAGUUCCAGGAAGAAUUUAUCAGGCUAACAAAAAUUGCUUACUAGAGUUAAACAGAACCAUUUUGGCAAACCUCUGCAAAACAGCCUUGC